UAUAAAGUAGACGUAUACAUGUAAAGCAACAUUUAUUGAUGUCAACGAGUUCAUAUUUGUACACUAGAUAAUAAUACCAGUAUACCACAGUAGAAUUGUCCAGUUUUCGCCUAACCGUUACCGUGUUGGGGACGUUAUAAAACCAGUAAAGUUCAUGUGAAAAUUCGUGCGCAUCUCGGUGACUGUAGUUGAAUUUUAUCAACUUGUUUUAGUUAGUACCUACCAUGGAAAUUAGAAAUUUGUGCAUGUCGGCCGCGGCUUAUCGUUAUCGAUAUAAUAUGUACAAUUAUAAUAUAUAGUACCUAUUAUUAAAACAAUAAUUGAGCUUACAUUGUUUUUUUGGCUAAGGAUGGACCCCAUAAUAACAUUAUGGAAGAAUACAAUAACUUCAUACGCCGGGUGGUUUACUAACUCAUUACGACGACGAAGAUCUAUAUUAUUUGGACUCAUACUCAGUAUACUUCUUUUUGUAGUAUGUGUACAGUACAACACGUCUAAUGAUAUAGGUAUCCAAAGUAUCCAAAACACUUUAGUUAUGUCUGAGUUUGAUGCUGACGAACAAUCUUCGAAUAAACACCAAUCACCUGCGCCAAUUUCUGGUACAGUUAGAAAAAUGAACAAAGAAGAAGAUGUUAAUUUCAUUGAAGAACUGCAGCAACCAGCUCGUAAAAGCCGACGAAUUCAGAUCAAUUCUGAACAGCAACAAUCACUACCGUACGUGCCUCCCCAACGUCUAGUACACAUCGAUUUCAAAGGAGCGCCACCCAAGCUACUUUACCUUCAAAAACUUUUUCCAUUAAUAAAAAGAUUCGGUGGAACAGGUCUUUUGCUUGAAUGGGAAGACAUGUUUCCUUGGAGUGGAAACCUGUCUCCAAUAGCUGCCAGUAACGCGUAUUCUAAAGCAGAAAUUAGAGAAAUAUUGAAAAUGGCUGCAGUUAACGGAUUAGAAGUAAUCCCACUAAUACAAACGUUUGGUCACGUGGAAUUUGCAUUGAAACUACCCGAUUUUGCUCAUUUAAGAGAAGUCCAAGAGUCACCACAAGCACUCUGUCCAUCGUUCAACGCUUCUAUGAAGUUUGUCGAACAAAUGGUCGACCAAAUACUCGAGAUUCACGGGAAUGUGAAUUACUUACAUAUUGGCUGUGACGAAGUGUUCCACAUGGGAGAAUGUUUUAGGUGCAGGUCGAAAGCCAGAGAAGAUUUGUUCUUAUCGCAUGUUAAGCAAGUGGCUACGUAUGUUCGCACAAAAUCUCCAAACACAAUUCCUAUUAUAUGGGAUGACAUGCUGAGACACUUGCCUGUGGCCACAAUGCAGUUAUACGAUAUUGGGAAAUUAGUGGAGCCGAUGGUGUGGGUGUACGCUGAGGACGUGUAUAGAUUUGUCAUGCAGAAUGUUUGGGAAAAAUAUCAAAUUGUUUUCCCAAACGCGUGGACUGCUAGUGCUUUCAAAGGGGCAUUUGGUGAAACUUUAUAUAUUCCAAACGUUAAGAGACAUUUGGAAAACAAUUUAAAUUGGUUACAAUUGAUGUCCAACGAAAAUAGUCGGUUUACAGGUGGUUUCAAAGGAAUUGUCAUAACUGGUUGGCAGAGGUAUGAUCAUUUUGCUGUUCUGUGCGAGGUAUUACCGUCAUCCAUACCAUCGAUGGUCGUUAAUCUUUUGGCAACUACAAAUGGUUACAUGAAUCAAUCGUUGCAAACCGAAUUGAACGAAGGACUUAAUUGUGGUAUUUUUGGUCAUAACAACGAAUACGACGGAGAUUUUUUAAACUUAAAUAAUGAUCCCCAUCUCUGGGACCAGUUCUCGAGAUGCACAUUUCCCGGGAAUACAUUUUUCAGGUUGCUGUAUAGAUUACAUACCAUUGAAAUAGAUUACAAUGAUUUUAUAUUGGUGACUAAAAAGAAUCGUGGAUGGAUGACUAGCUACAAUGUAGAACAUGAAUUUUCAUCUCCGCUUCGUGUCGAUGAACUGAUGAAUGAUCAUUCUCGUAUAUAUCGAUCACUUUUAUCUAUGGUUAGACCUUUUCAAGAAUCGAUGACUGGGAUAUUUGAUAAAUAUACCAUAUCCGAAUGGAUAGAACAAAGAAUCUAUCCAAUGAUUAGAGAACUGGAAAAAAUACACAGUGAGGCACGUGAGCUUAAGUCAAAAAAGACAUGGCCUAAGAGACCACUUCCUAUGUUGAAAGAAUUAUUAAGGAUUGGAGUUACUGAACGUGAACUUUCUACACCAUCCAAUGACGGAAUAUAAACAUUUAAUUUUUAAUUGACUGCGUUUGUUAUGAACUAGGUGUCAAAAAUAUAUCUUGUAGAUAAAACUAAUUAAUUUUACAAGUAUAUUUGAGACCUUAAGACAUGGUAUAAGUUGACAAAGUUUCAGGGUUGUGUGUGAACUUCAUUUCAAAAGGGUAUUAUCAUAAUAUAAGUGAUUCUUAGUAAAAUGAUUGAUUAAAUUUGUGCCACCAUGUGUUGAGGAUUGGUCUCUAUAGGAUAUGUGCAAUUUAGUAAAACAAUAAAAUAUAUUAAUUUAAAAAAAUAAUCUACUUUGUAAAUAUAUACUGAGUCUAUCUCUAGUUGGCUCUUGGUCAGGUGUGCAAAGCUAUAAAAGAAGUAAGUAGUUUUGGAAAAUGCUUCAAGAAUUAAGUGAAGCAAUAAUCCUUGAUCGGGGAUUCAAAUCCAUGAGGUUUUACAUAGUGACACUCAAAACUACGGAGUCAUGGGUCAAAGUGGUCUAAAAAAUCUAAUCACAAUUCACUCUUUUAGUUUGAUGCAUGAGUUGUAAAGCUUUUGAAAAAAGUGACUAUCUUAAACAUAACUUUAUUGAUGAUAUAUGAAAACUUACACAAUAAUCUUGUGCCAUGAAACAGUUUUAACUUAUCUAUUAGAUACUUAUUCACUCGUUAAGUUUAUAAAAAAUGUAAUUACAAUUUUUAUUAGGUUAAAAACUUAUAAUAUUUUGUUCUUUAACUUAGCUUGAAUAACUUUUUUCAUGUUACUGUAUUAAGAAUUUUAAUAUUAUAAACACUUAUUGAUUUUUCAAAUUUUACAUUUAAAUAAUAAUUAGUUUUACUACUUAAAUGUUUUUUUCUUAUUUAAGUAUGUAAUGCAUAUUUUUUUUUUUAAGUUUUCUGAUUGCUCUAUCAAUUAUUUUUAUAUUUUGUUACCUAAAUUUAAAGUGUGAGAAAAUAUUUAAUCUAAAUAUUAUAUUUUUUUUUUUUAUUAAAAAAUUUGUACAUAAUCAUAGGCUGUGUUUUAUUUAUUUUAUAUUGUUGUUUCUUUUAAAACAAUUGGGUUGUGUGGAUUAUAUAACAUAAUGACUGAAUUUGAACUAGCUAAUCUGUACUUAGAAAAAUCAGUUAAAUUACAACUUUUUAGCUGAAUAGAAAAAAAAAACUAAAAUAAAAAUGAUUAAACUAAAAUAUCACGCCAAAAUAAUUUGUGUUCAACACUCCCUUGAAUUUUAUUUUAAAAGACCAAAAUUCUCUAUUUCUGUCAGUUUUAUAUUUUUAAGUAUAUAUAUAUAUAUAUAUAUUUGUUCCAUUGUAAAAUAGUUAUUGCUAUUGAAAUUAUAAAUAUUUAUGAAAUAGUUAAUAAUUGAAAUAUUGUAUUUUAUGUGAUAAUAAUUAUUACUAUUUGUUUUUAAAAAUAUUUUUAAUGAAAUACAUAGAAAAUUAAUAUGCCAUGUACAUACACUUUCUGUUAUGUUUCCACAAAAAUAUUUUUAAAUUAAUUAUGUUGUCCAUCAUAAGGUCCAUCUCGAUUGUUCGAUUGUAAUAUUUAGUUUAAUUAUAUAGAAUACUAUAUUGUAUUAUAAAAAAAAUUUCUAUUCAAAUUUUGUAAUAUUCAUCAAUUCAUUUAUUUAUAUGCCUAUCCACUUAUUUAAUAUUCUAAAUUUUAUUUCAAAUAUGUUAAUUUAAAGUUUAAACGAUACUAUGUGACUUAAUAAAAUUAUUUUAUACCACCUAUAUAGUAUUAUAUACAUACUUAAUUUUAAUAAUAAUUCAAAUAAACUUUAAUUAUGUACAACUUUUUGUUACAUAUAAUUAUUACUAUAGAAACUUGUUAAUUUAAGUCUUUAUAAGAUAUUCAAAUAAAGUUGUAUCAAUUUUGUAAUAAUUAUUGUAUCUAAUAUUAAAAUAAUAUAUUGAUGUUGAGUAAAUUUUAUAUACCUAUUAAUUUUAAUGGUAAAUUUACUAACUUAGUUGGGAAUAAUAAUUAUGUAGGACUAAGGCCUUCAGAAAAUAAUGAGUUUAACUUUGGAAAUUAAAUUAAAUUAUGUAUCUAAUUUAAAACGCCAAUUUAACCUCGAAUACUUCUUAAAUUUAAAUAGUGUUUAAUAAAUUUAAACAUCAUUAACUACCUUUAGUGAAGUACUUAUUAAAUAAUGCCAUAAUGGUAUUAUAUAUUCUAGCAAAAAGAAGAAGUUGCUACCUACCUAUCAUUUUAUUUUAUUUAUUUAUUUUAUAAUACUUUUAAUAUUUUAGAUCUGUAAAAACAUGACAUUUUAUUAAUAUUAUUUUAUUACCUACUAAGUUAAUAUUCUGAGACAACAUGUAAUUUUUGUUUUAAAAUUUUAAAUGCAUAAUAUAGUAUAAUAAUUUAA